AUGGAAGCAGUUAAGGAUGUGACGGAGACAGUGACUGUGGACCUGGGUGCACUCCUGGACGCCGGGGACGACGCCAUGGUGAUACUCGAGGCAGGUGACACUCGGCUGGUGGCACACAGGGCCGUCCUGGUGGACAGAAGCCCAGUGUUGGCAGCCAUGUUCGCCCACGACACCCUCGAGACGAGCACCGGCGUGGUGAGGAUUACCGAUGUGGGGGGCCCGGUGCUGAGGGAGCUGGUCUCCUACCUGUACACCCAGCGGGCCCCCCAGCUGCCCGGCACGGCCCCCCAGCUGCUGGCCGCAGCGGAUAAGUACGGGGUGUCGCGGCUGAAGGCGGAGUGCGAGCGGCAGGUGGCCGCUCAGCUGACUGUUGAGACCGCGGCAGCCGCAGCCGUACUCGCAGUCCGCCACUCCUGCAGUGACCUCAGGCGAGCCGCCAUCGAAUUUAUUAAGGCACGUACCCGCGAGGUGAUGGCCACUCAGGGGUGGGCAGAUGCGAUGCUUUAUCAACGUAAAGACUUGAUCGAAGUGAGCCGAUUGCUGUAUGAUCCACCACCAAAAAGCAGGAGCCUCUCUGCAGAGGAGAGGGACAGGAGGCUGCUCCAGGCGGCUAAGCGGGGGGCAUUGGGGGAGCUGACGGCGCUGAUCGCCGCAGGGGCCGACGUGGGGGCGAGUGGCGCGCCGUGCGGGUGGACCGCCCUGCACUGGGCAGCGAUGAAUGGCCCGGCAGGAGUGGCGGCUGCGCUGCUCGUCGCGGGGGCCGACAGGGGGGCCACAACUGGUGGUGGGGAGACAGCGCUGGACAUCGCCAGGCGGUGCAAAAGGAGGCGGCUGGUGGAGAUGCUGUCAUGA